CAAACAUGGAAGGAGGCUCAGCCCUGCACCCUGGUGCUUUGGGGCAGCCUGAGAGAUUUGGGUAGCUGAGUCGCCACUGGGGCACGGCUGACAUUCUUUGUUGUCCGUCUGGGAGUGUGCCAGUAGUUUAGAGGAGGGUGAAGUGACUCACUUGGAGUCACACUGAGGUCCAACGAGGCUGUGCACUCGAGUCCAGACGCGAAGCUGCUGGCCAGACAGAAGUGAAAGCGCCGAUGUCAGCAGACGAGAGGGAAGUGAGAAGGCAGCCAGCAGAAGUUGAGACCUCGUGAACUCGUGGACACUCUUGAGUUGCUCACCUCGGUCACAGAUGGUCAGGGUGUGAGGAACGGCUACUUUGAUUCUGAAGGACCUUCACGCUUGGGCAGCCUGGUGGUGCAGCAGUUAGUGCCUCACACCUCCACAGUCCCAGGUUCAGACCUCUGAGGGCCGUCUGCAUGUUCCCCUCAUGUCUGGGUGACAUCUCACGGGGGAAGACCCACAAUGUGCACGAGGAGGAGACGGCCAUCUUUACCUGCAACUACUCCAUCAAGUAUGGCCUGCGGCCCGUCUGCUGGGGCAAAGCCUGUGGAACCAUGUGGUGCCACGACGAAGUCAUCCAGACUGACGGCCAGCGUGUCACAUCCAAAAGGUCCAGCCGCUACACGCUAAAGGGCGACAUGCUGGGUGGAGACGUCUCCCUCACCAUCCAACAGGUGAAACCCACCGACGCUGGCUCCUACUGCUGCAGGGUGGACAUCGAGGGCUACUUUAAUGACCUGAAGGUGCUUCACACACUGCAUGUCCUGAAAGCACUUCCUCGGACGACAACAGAGCCCAGUGUGGGAACCGCAGCCACCCUGGUGCAGAGGACGUCCCACCGGCCACCAGCAGCCAGUAACUGGAUUGAGGACGACACCCCCAGUGUAUCAGGUGCAAGACCACCAGAGUCGAAUGCCACCCUGUCUCGACCUUCAGAUAUCGAGGAAAGCACAGUGAAAGGCCAGCACUCGAACAUCGCCAUGCUGGUGGCCUGCGUGACCGCCUCCGUCCUGACCGUCCUCAGCUCGCUGGCGGCGCUCAUCUUCAAGUGUAAUCUCCUUGAGAAAGUGUGGCAGCACGCUGGAAGUGUGACGCCCACCUCGGCCGCCGUACCCCAGCACAUCAUUUAUGAGAUAAACGCUGGACGACAGGCACAAGAGAACAUCUACAACUUGGACUAGCGGCCUCGGCGGAGCCCCUCUCGCACAUUCAGAGCGGUCAGUCGGGGGGCCGCGGCGGUCUCAGCCAGACUUGAAUUAACACAAACGUUACUGUUCGUCGUCUCAUGUGUGUGAAUGACUUCUGUUUGGAGGAGCGAUGGGCACAAUCAGCCCCAGUCCAGCGACCACAGGAGUUUUCUUAGGUGCCCGACAGACACAGAGUUUGAGGGUCUGCCCAUUUGGGUCUCAUCAGACCAGAGGAGGUUUCUUCUCAUGCCACCGUAUGGCUUCUUGCUGAAGAAAGACUUCCAUCGGGCCACAAACACCUGAUUGGCAAAGUGCCGCUGAGGUGGCCGUCCUUCCAUUUCAUCAGAGGACUUGUGAAGUUCUCUUUGAGUGACCACUGGGUCUUUGGUCGCCUCCCUUACCCGUUAAGGUCACACAGUUAACUCUAGGUGGUCCCGAACGUCUUCUGUUUCCCAGUUCUGGGGCCCACAGAGCUUUAGAGAUGGUUUGACCUUCUUGCCCUGACCUCUGCCUCACCACAGUGAGAUCAAGGUGCUCAUCUACAGGGAGUACCUUGGACUCCAUGGCUUGGAUUUUGUGAAGUGUGGGACCUUCUGUCCACAGGCCCUGGUGUGCCUUUCUAAAGGUGGAUUCCAAUCGAGGUCACCUGACUAGGACAAUAAAAGAAAACACAAUGGACGUGAGCACAAUGUGGACCACCACAGAUACAGGGGCUGAAUAACUCAAUGAAUUAUUAUUUGACAAACCUUUCAGAGAGCAUUUUGUCACUUUGUCAUUAUGGGUAAUUUAGGGGACAUCAAUGGACAAAAAUGGCAGAAAUGUAUUAAAAUGAGACGAGUGUGCAGAAAGUGAAGGGGUCUGACGACCUUGUGAGCCCACCGUCUGCAGUUUGUCCUCCUUAAAGCCGUCAUAAGACAUUUGACUGGUGACAGGGGACGUCCAGCUGCACGGGUCACUCACUCGCUUGUUUAGCUAAGAUGUCCCCGUGUCUCAUCCAGAUCCUCCUUAAAGGUGGUCAAGGCUUCGGCUUCAUCCACAGACCACCGGGCCCUCCAGCUUCUCUAAUCUGAGCUGCACUUCUCUCUCUUCACCUCCUUGGACUCCUUAAAUUGUGACAUCAUCAGAAAGCCCAAAGUGCUCCUGGUGUGUCACAAACGUCACCACACUGUCAUUUGAUUCUUGUGCUCCAGCCUGGUGUUGUCUGUGUGUCUAAAGGGGGCUUUCACUCGAAUUCUGAGUUACGUCACAAGGCCUGAUGAGGACAUCAGCGAGCCACCAUUUUCAGGUCCCUCAAACACCUGAGUAUGGGGGGUCUCAAUCUGAGAGCCCCCGACUAUAACAUGUGUUGCUUCUGGACGUCUCUUGAUUAUUUAUGGGGUCCGCACAGGUGACGUUUUUAAGCCUUUCCUUUUCUUGGUCUUUCACGUUGUCCUCUCAAGUUCUCCACGGUUUUCCGUGACUUCUGCACUUUCACGUUCCAUUGAGCUGAGAUGCGAGUCCCCUGAAGUUGUGACGACUGCUCAGCACGGGGCCCUCGUGUUUCUGGGGUUACGUUCCUGUUUCCCGGUUUAUAGCGCCUUGACAAAGUCUUCACCCCCCCACCCCACCUCACUUUGGUCACAUUCUGUUCUGCUGCAGCCUUGUGCUGAAGUCAUUCAAGUUCAUUUUUUUUUUCCCAUCACACAACACUCCAGAGUGACAAAGUGACAACGAGAGGUUAGGACUUAUUACAAAUACACUCAGGCCCCUUACUUGGCUCAGGUGGUCCCCACUCUCUUGACGUUACUGAGAUGUUUGGAGCCCACCUGUGGUCAGUUCAGUUGACCGGAGUGUGUCCAGAAGGUCCACCAGGUGAGAGCAAACCAAGCAGACAGGAUGACGUGGAGAUCAAAAUCUGGGGAAGAGCACAGGGGCCUCAGUGACCCCCACAUGGAAGACCAUUGGAAUAAACACAACUGUCCCUAGAGUGGGGCACCCAGUCCAAUCAUAAGAGAAGUGACACAGUAAGAGAGGUGACCAAGAGCCUGAUGGCCACUCUAGUGGAGCUCCAGAGGACCUUGGUGGAGAUGGGAGAAACUUCCAGAAGAAUGGCCAUCAACGCUGAUCUGGGCUUUGUAGGGCGGGCACCUGCAGGAGACUCAGACCCCGAGAAACAAGAUGUCUGGUCUGAUGGAACCAAGAUGGGCAUCAAGGCUGUAGGAACCCAAGCAUCACUUGUCACCUGUGCAGGGACUGGAACUGGGACACCAGUCUGGGCUGAGCUGAAUGGAGCAAAGCAUGGGGACGUCCCUUAAGAAAAGCUCUCUGGACCCCCGACUGGGCCAAAGGGUCACAAGGUGGAGACAACACAGCAGUGGCUCAGGGACAUCUCGGUGAGUGUCCUUGAGUGGCCCAUCUCUGGAGUCAUAGCCCACCCCACGAGGGUCUCCAGCCAACCUGCCUGAGUUUGAAAGGGUCUGCAGGGAAGAACAGCAGGAAAUCCCCUGACACCCAAGGAGACCCCCAGACAAGUCCUGAGUGAAGUCAAUGGGACAUCUCAGUUGUUUUAAUUUUUUAAUAAAUUUGCUGUCGUGUUUCG